UCAUGGUUACAAAUUUAACUAUAGUCUUAUGUCUACUAUUAUGGGCUACCAUAUCGUUACAGGAUAUGCCCAUCGGAGUGGACAGUAGUCUUAAAGCUCAGGUUUGCGACUCUAAUGUCAUAAACGAUGAGAAACUCCAGAAAAUGAUUGCUUGCGACCAGAAUUGGGCAAAACAACAGAAACCUAUAUCGACUGACUACUACCAAGAAUCGUCAAAAUGCAUGGUUAACAAUAGCGCGAUUGAGCCGGCUAAAUUCAAUGUCAAAGUCUAUAUGAACAUGGUCCAAUUGGUUAGAUUGUGCGGCACUUAUAACGCAAAAUGUUAUAAAACUAUGCAGGACAAUUACAAGGACAAAAUGAUCCCUGUUAAUAAUUUGAGAAAUGUACUGAGUUGUGACACGAGCUCCGAGUUUCAGGAGGAACUGGACCCUAAAAUUAAGGCCAAGAUGUGUGACCCGCAUGUCAUAAGCGACGAGAAAAUGGACCAAAUGCACAAAUGCGACCACCAGUUCCACCAGAAAUGGGAGCCCACCUUCAAAAAGUUAGGUGAACAGGUAGCAGGGUGCGCCCAAAAGUCGCAUAGUUUUGUGGCAAAGUUUGGUAAAUUACAUAAUGAACAGCACCGGCAUGAGGUACUGGAUACUUGUGAUGCUAACUACGCUAAAUGUAGACAUGAAGCUGAAAAGCAGAUCCACGACAAACUGAUCCGGGACAGUAAGACUAUUAAUGUGAGU